GAUCCACCCGGCGUGUUUUAUUUGAACCCACCGCAGUGUAGUGCGGAACACAGUUGAGUUCAGUGCUGCUCGCCUGCACGAUACAACGACCGGUUUACUGUGAUUAUUUUCAAUACAUAAAGUGACUUGCUCGGCGGGGUCUACUUCGAUUGGUGGUAGUAAAAAUGCUGGAAGUGAAUUUGUUUGCUGCGAUUGCCGUUGGAGCGCUGAUUCUGGCGGUUUAUCAUAAGAUAUCGAAACGAUAUAACUACUUCCUGACGAAGCCGGUGCCAUGUGCGAAGCCGACGUUUCUAUUGGGAAGCAGUAGUGCAAUGUUGACUCGUAAAAAGGACAUUGCGUCGCAUAUUCGGACAUUGUAUGAUACUUAUCCUGAUGCAAAAAUAAUGGGUUUCUACGACCUAACAAAACCGGUAUUCAUGCUCCGUGAUGUAGAAAUCAUCAAGAAGAUUACGGUGAAAGACUUCGAGCAUUUCACCGAUCACACACCUUCGAUGACGGGCUCGACAGAAGAGGUUGGCGAAGACGCCCUUCUUGGUAACUCGCUAUUCGCGCUGCGUGGCCAGAAGUGGCGAGACAUGCGAUCGACCUUGAGUCCGGCAUUUACUGGAAGCAAGAUGAGACACAUGUUUGAGCUGGUGUUGGAGAGCGGUCAAUCGAUGGUCGAGUUUUUGCUCUCGGAAGUCAAAGCCGGCAAAACGUUGGAGCUUGAAAUGAAGGACACAUUCACCCGGUUCGGAAACGAUGUGAUCGCAACGGUGGCCUUCGGGAUUAAGGUGGAUUCAAUGCGGAAUCGUGACAAUAAUUUCUACAUGAAAGGGAAGCAAUUGAUAAAUUUCCAGAGGCUUGCAGUGAUUGUUAAGUUUCUACUAAUGCGAGCCAUGCCCUCCCUGAUGGAAAAAUUGGGAGCAGAUUUAAUAGAUGCAGAUGCGGCCAAAUAUUUCACGGAUGUGAUCAGGGAGAAUAUGCAACAGCGCGAUGUGCAUGGCAUAGUGAGAAACGAUAUGAUCCACAUGUUGAUGGAGGUGCGGAAGGGUGCCUUGAAGCACGAAAAGGGCGAACUGGAUGCGAAAGAUGCUGGGUUUGCAACUGUGGAGGAAUCACAUGUUGGAAAAACGACACAUACGAGGGUUUGGAAAGAAAAGGAGCUUAUUGCGCAGUGUUUCAUUUUCUUUCUGGCAGGGUUUGAUACAUUAUCUACGGGUCUUACAUUUUUGACAUACGAAUUAGCUAUCAAUCCGGAGAUUCAGCAACGUUUAUACGAAGAAAUAAUGGAAACUGAGUCUAAUCUUGAAGGUAAACCACUGACAUACGAAGUACUGCAGAAGAUGAAGUACAUGGACAUGGUCGUGUCGGAGAGUCUACGCAAGUGGCCACCGGGUAUUGUAGCGGAUCGCAUCUGUACCAAGGACUAUCAAUACAAGGACGGUACGUCAUCGAGUUUCGUGAUCGAAAAGGGAACCUCUGUUUGGAUUCCUACGAUCGCCAUCCAUAACGAUCCGGAGUACUAUCCCAAUCCGGACAAGUUCGAUCCGGAGCGAUUCAGCGAAGAGAACAAGGCGAAGAUCAACCCGUCCGCCUAUAUUCCGUUCGGAGCGGGGCCAAGGAAUUGCAUCGGAUCGCGACUGGCACUGAUGGAGAUCAAAUCUGUCGUGUAUUGUCUGCUGCGGGAUUUCAGCUUCGAACCGACGGAGAAGACGCAAAUUCCUCUGCGGUUGACCAUGAGCGGGUUCACCCUGCAGGGGGAGAAGGGCGUUUGGCUGGAGUUUAAACCAAGGGCGCUGUAAGAAUGCCUCUGUUGCUAAGCAAAAAUUGUAGUUACGUACUUUUUUGGGCGUAGUCAAUAUGCAACUUUCAUCGAUCAAAGCAUUAUUAUAUUUUAAAAAUAAAAUCAAAU